AUGGGGGAUUCCGGUAGCGUCUCUUCUUCUUCAUUCGAUUCCGCCUCCGUUGUUACCGCCGAUCAGGCCCAGAAUGUAGCUCAGGGUCGUAUGAGUGGUGACGGAGGUCAAGCGCUGUCGGAUGAAUCGUCACGUUCUUGGCGAGAUGUUUUCUGGUCCUUUGUGUUUAUGAUUCAUUUGAUCAGUGUGGGAUUUGUGCUUGUGGUUCUGGGGCUUAAUAGGUUCAAGAAGAGCAAUAGGUUACAAAUCGAUAAGUACACUAAUACAAUUAUGGAGAAUCGGGUUGGAUUAACAGAGGAUUACUGGCCACUUUAUGCUUUGGCAGGCGGAGUGGGAAGCUUACUUGGAUGGGCUUGGUUGUUCUUACUUGGUUCUUUUGCAAAUCAUGUAAUGAAGAUUUCUGUGCAUAUUUUGACUACAUAUCUUGCUGUUAUAAGUGUUUUGUGCUUCUGGGGCCAGCUAUUUUUCUGGGGUGUAGCAUUUUCAAUUGGUGCCGGGUUGCAGUUCCUAUAUGUUGUAUCAGUUAUAGACAGACUACCAUUUACGCUUCUAGUGUUGCAAAAGGCUGUAAAGAUGGUAUCUGGACUUCCUGAAGUUAUAAGAGUUGCAUAUGCUUUCAUGAUUGUCAUGCUUUUGUGUAUGGGAAUUUGGUCUUUUGGAGUAGCUGGCAUCGUGGCAUCGAGUAUGGGUGAUGGUGGACGCUGGUGGCUACUUGUGGUUUUCUCCAUAAGCUUAUUUUGGGCUGGUGCUGUUUUUUGUAAUACUUUACAUGUUAUAGUUUCUGGAAUGGUGUUUCUAGUCCUAAUCCAUGGCGGCAGAGAGUCAUCAUCUAUGCCAUCAAAGUCAUUGGUGAAGGCUUCAAGGUAUGCUGUGACAACAUCUUUUGGUAGCAUUUGCUAUGGAUCACUUUUUACAGCUGCCAUUCGGACACUGCGGUGGGAGAUCAGAGGAAUCCGAUCAAAGAUUGGCAAGAACGAGUGUCUGCUUUGCUGUGUUGAUUUUUUGUUUCAUCUUGUUGAGACUCUUGUUCGUUUCUUUAACAAAUAUGCCUAUGUCCAGAUAGCAGUUUACGGCAAAAGCUUCAACCGUUCAGCUAGGGAUGCAUGGGAGUUAUUCCAGUCAACUGGAGUCGAAGCCCUCAUUGCUUAUGAUUGUUCAGGUGCUGUUCUUCUGAUGAGCACCAUCAUGGGCGGGCUCACUGCUGGAACUUGCUCAGGUAUUUGGACAUGGAUCAAGUGGAAGGAUAAAGUGUCGAUGGUGGCAUGUACUGCAACAUUGAUGGGAAUGGUCCUGGUAGGCCUUGCAAUAGUGGUUGUGGAAAGUGCUGUUACGUCCAUAUACAUCUGUUAUGCAGAAAAUCCAUUGUUGAUGCAGAAAUGGGAUGCUGAAUUCUUCAACCAGAUUUCGGAUAUGCUUCACCAGCGCCUUCAGCAUCGGAGUGCACGAGCAAGAGAAGUGUUAAUGGAGCAUCGGUUCGACAGCCGCAGGGAAGACCUGGUACAGGCAUGAACAUUGAUACCAUACUACCAUGGACAACCUCAUUUGUUAACUCUAUUCACUUGAAUAAAACUAUUUUUGUUUGAGUUUUGGAGUUUACUUUUGUUUCUUAUCAAUCAACUGUACAAUAGUAUAACAUUUCAAGAUUAAAUUAUAUUGGUAACUUAAAAGUUUUGACUGAC